UCGUGAGACUGUCUGCGUGUGUGAAAACAAACAAUGUGCUGUUGUAAAAAAAGAAUCGCCCCCCCCCCUCUCUCUCUCUCUCUCUAUCAGGUUAUGAAAAUAAAUAUAGGGACUGAGUGUUGGUUUGGAACAAACACCAGCUGAACAUUGGAUCUGCAGAGCGGUUUUCUCUUCCUGGACCCCGACAUGCCCAACAAAAGCCUUUCCUGGAGCAUCUCCGCGCUGAACUGAGCCCCGUCAGCUCAAACGUUGACAGCGUAUCAAAGACCGAACCCCUUUCUCAGAAUGCUGGCCAUUUUAGCGCAAAAGGAUGAGACGUCUGGCUGCCACACAGACAACGUAAACGAGUAUCUGGUACUUGUGGUUCUCAAGCUGGGCCUGGACGUGACGGUCCUCUACAUGUGCUGCCGGAAAUGGUAUACCUCCUUUUUAAACAUGUGCAGUCUGUACAUGGUCCUGGCCGACUUUGUGAUGGUGCUUUUUUUUUCAAGCGUGUUAUUUCUCGAGCCUGAGCGGUAUCUUGGUUCACUCUGCUUCAUCUUGGCCCAUGCCUCUACGACGUAUGAAGCGCUGCCGCUGCCCAUGAUGUGCCUGGGUUUAUUGGACUACUGUUUAGAAGGUACCUGCCUCGGCAAACAGAGCAACUACUCCAAAUUCUUAAGGCACACAGCCUUGGCAUUGCUGGUGUGGAUCCUAGCCCUAAUUUACUCCAUUGGGUCCGUCAAAGCUAAUUUGAUUGAAAUGGAUUUACCGGAUGGGCUAUCUGCUCUAGUGUGUAAAGUACCGGAGUCCACACUGAUUUCCUACUUCACUGUGGGGCUUUUCUUAGCAGUAGUUUGCACAAUGCUGCCCUUUUGGUCCACGAUUCCCCAGUGGGUGAGAGAAGCCGAUCGGAUAUAUGCAAGGAUGGAAGAACCAGAGAACCACAGCGACUUGUUGUCCAACCCAACUAACUGCAUGGAGACAAACGGCAUCGAGGAGAAGUCACUGGAGGAGAUCGUCUGUCCGUGCCCACCUCUAUGGUUCAGCAUAAUACUGGCCUUCAGCCUAUUUUGGAUGCCUUAUCUUACGGUGUCUGUGGUCUGCAUAGUGCUCGGCUUUGGAGUACCGGCCUACAUCACUGUUAAUCUUCUGUGGUUGGAGUGCACCGUCAGUUUACUGAUGGGUGUGGUGUUUUGGGCAUAUAGCGACACACAAGAACCAUAUAGGCUCCCAGAUAACAUCUGCAUGUGGCCCAUUUACUGGCAUUUGAGCAAAGGGACAGGACAGCAGCCAUUCAACCCGUCACACGAGAAGAAGCACACUCUCCUCUGUGUGUAAUAGAGAAAGAGGUCCACAAUAAAACUUGAGACGCGGCAGACUCGACAGCCAACGAGAACCAUGAUGUGAGAAAGUGAGUAAAGACUUGAGCUGGCAACUAUGAACGGUUCACCUUUUUAAAAGUUGGGUUUGCUGCUUACACUGAA